AUGCUACGCCUGGGCGGUACUGGAGCUGCUGGGACUGGGGGUUCUGCUGGGGCUGGAUCUGGAGCUGCUGGAGCUGGUACUGCUGGAGGUGCUGCUGGUGCUGGUGCUGCUGGAGGUGCUGCUGGUGCUGGAGCUGCUGGAGGUGCUGCUGGUGCUGGUGCUAUUGGAGGUGCUGCUGGUGGUGCUGCUGUAGGUGCUGCUGGUGCUAGAGCUGCUGGAGGUGCUGCUGGUGCUGGUGCUGCUAGAGGUGCUGCUGGUGCUGGAGCUGCUCCGGGAGUUGGAGCUGGAGGUGCUACUACUGGAGCUGGCGGUGGUGCUGCGGGAGUUGUAGCUGGACACCCUGGGGCUGAGGGUGUUGGUGCUGUCUCUGCUGGUUCAGGAGGAGCUGCGCGGCCGCGGCCGUACUACGUUCCGCUCCUUCAGCAGCGUGUCCCUCUGACAUCUCCUCCUGCGUCCUCUCUUCUUGCUCUUGCUGACCCGGAGUCUGACUCCCUCCGUGCUACCAGUCCUACUGUCACGCACGUCCUUGAGGAUAGACAGGAGGAGUUUGAGUGCUUUGGCGCUGCUUUAUCUCAUCUUGUGUCCAUGUUGAUUGCCCCUGAGGGAGACCUGGAUGCACCAGACAUCCUGACCCCGCGCUCAUUACGCAGAGGCGAUAGAGGGUCCCUACUCCUCUCAGUGGCAAUGACCACUCUUCGGGUUCUGCUGCACGUCGCUGCUCAGCGUGACUAUGAGCUCCACUCUCUUGACUUCAGCACUGCGUUCCUACAGGGCAGCCUGCACGAGGAGAUCUGGCUGUGCCGCCCACCUGUCUUCACUGGGUCGUUUCCUCCUGGUACCUAG